AUGGCCACAAUCUGUGAAACUAUUGAAGAAACCUUGUCACAACAUAAAUGCAAGCCCAACUGUUCAUGUAAGAAGCUUCCACUGUGUCCAACGGGCUGUUCAUGCAUGGAAGAUAAUAAACAAACCACGGCUCUGAGGCUGGUCUUCAACGCUUUAGGCAUUCUCGUCGCAAUAAUCGCCACCUACAUGAUUGUCACCACAGAUUCCAAGCUGUAUUUAGUGUUCUGGAUAUGCUAUUCAGUUUUAAGGCGUAUGAUGCUGAAAACCAAAGCUGGCGCGAGUGUUGCGACUGCUAUAACAGAGUAUAAUAAAAAAAUAGCGUAA